CAACAGGGAUUUGUUAGCACUUGGCUUGAUGAUUCAACUUCCUUCAAUAAAGUAGCCUAAGGUAUGGUCUGCACCUUAAAUUUGGAACUCUAAUCCUAACUUGUCCUUAUAUUUAGCCAAAAGAACUCAGCUUUGAUUUUACUAGAUGUUAGAUGUAUAGUAAGCUUUUUUUUAGUUUUGUUUAAAAUGACAAGAACAAUACUCAAGCAUAUUGAUACUUUUGGGCUGAUUCUUAUAAAUAAAAUAGCCUAAAGUGGUGUGUACUUUAUAUUUGAAACUCUAAUCAUGACUUGUCUUUAUAUUUAUUAUGUUAAGUUGGCAGACUUUUCCUUAUAUUUGUUAAAUGUUAAAAAAACUCGAGAUCCACGCCUUUCCCGUUUUCACACAAUAUUGCCGGCAAGCCCUCCCGGACUUUCUUCCACAGACUAUUGCCUGAAAGAUAGGAUAUCCAUUCCCAGACUUUCAUGUCUUCCACAGUGUCUCUCGCUCUUCCGCUCUCCAUUCUAACCCCCUCUGCAAGAUCAUUUUUACCUCUUUUCUCGCUCAAUUCUUCCUCUUCUGGAUGUUUGUCCGUUUCGUUUAAGAUCGCUUCCAAUUCGAAUUCUGUAGGAAAAAUAUCAAAUUCGCCGUCGUCUCGUCUUUCUGGAGAGUGUGAGAACGCUACUUCGCCACCUUCAACAUUGUCAUCUUCGUCCAAACUCGUUCUAGUAGUUGGUGGCUCAGGUGGUGUUGGACAGUUAGUUGUAGCAUCAUUGCUAAGUCGAAGCAUCAGAGUGCGGCUCAUACUGCGAGAUCCUGAGAAAGCAAGCGCUCUGUUUGGCAAGCAUGAUGAGGACAAAUUAAAGGUAUGGAAGGUUGACACACGGAACUUCAUGGAGUUGGAUCCAUCCAUGUUUCAGGAUGUAACACAUGUCAUAUGUUGUACGGGAACUACAGCCUUUCCUUCAAGAAGGUGGAAUGGAGGCAACACACCCAAAAGAGUAGAUUGGGAGGGUGUGAGAAAUCUUGUUUCUGCAUUGCCUCGGUCUUUAAAGAGAAUUAAUCUUGUGUCAUCAAUAGGUGUUACAAAGUUCAAUGACUUACCUUGGAGCAUUGUGAACCUUUUUGGUGUUCUCAAGUAUAAGAAGAUGGGGGAAGAUUUUGUUUGUAACUCUGGUCUCCCGUUCACUAUAAUCAGAGCUGGUAGAUUGACGGAUGGACCAUACACUUCAUAUGAUCUGAACACUCUUCUACAGGCAACAGCAGGGGAGCGUCAUGCAGUCCUUAUAGGUCAAGGGGAUAAAAUUGUUGGAGAAGCGAGUAGGCUCGUGGUUGCAGAAGCUUGCAUACAGGCCCUGGACAUAGACUUCACGGAGGGUCAAAUAUAUGAAAUAAACUCUAUCCCGGGCGAGGGGCCAGGAAGUGAUCACGAAAAGUGGGAAGAGUUAUUUACAGCUGCUCACACUGAAUAAUUGAUUAUAGUCUCUUCAACAUAGGGCACCAUGCAGCUAUGAGUUAUGGCCAGUCAAAGCUUAGAAGAAAUAUAGAAGUGUGAUAUUGGAUUGUUGAAGACAAUGCAUGUGGAUUUGGGUCUAUUGAAGGAUUGGCAGAUAUGGAACUCCAAGCUAUAUAAUAUACGGUGGGAACAUAGCAACACUUAAGUCCGCUCAACUCGGUUAUUUUAAUCCUUGACAAAAAAACACUAUGGCUCAUCAGUGGUAAUCGUGGUUGUUGAUUAUGAAAAACAGGUAUGAAAGGAAAAACUUCCAAAACUUGUGUGAUUGAAUUUGUAUUUCUUUUGAAGGGGAGGGGGUGGGUGUGUGUGAAUUUCCUAUAGUGCUGCUACAUUAACAUUUAGAGUCCCUUUGUCAACUUCAUAUAUAACAAUAUUUGCAAAUCUUUAGAUGAAAUUUCACACAUCUUACUAUAAAGAAAAAGUAGUGUACAGUACAAGGCAAUUUAGGGCUACAGAGUAAAAAGGAAAUAGGGAAUUAAAAGGCCCGAAUUCAGCCAGGCCCAAAAUCGGCCAUGAUAAAGUAAUAUGCCCUAAUAUACAGGACAGAGCUUCGGCUUAUAAAUACAUCAGAAUUCCUCCACUCAAUGCAUCAAAAUUUCCCCUUCUCACUACUAAAUAUCUACCUCUAGAUUUCAGUUACCACACUCCCAUCGGAGUUCAUGUAGCCCAAGCCUUCCAAAGUAGACCAUUUGCUUCUCGGUGUGGGGGGAGGGGAGGGGAGGGGACUUUUGAGAUUCUUUUACAGUCUACAAAUACACACACAUACAUAAAUAUAUAAUAUAAAAUAGAGGCUCAGAAUUUAAAAUGGCUAUAAAUUUGAGGAAGAUAAAGAAACGAAAUCACCAUGGCUGCAACAACGGAUAUUAAUUCUGUUAUGGCAGCCAAGUUAAUUGCCAUUUCUCUAAUGCCUCAAACAUUAAAAGCCUAAGAAUCACAAAACUAAUUUUCUCAGUCUUUCCAUAUCAUCACAGCCUUAUAUUUACAUACACAAACAAGUUUACAAUUCAUGAUUAUACAGUAGUAUAUUAAAAAUUUAUACAUAUC